AUGAAGUGUCAAAGAAUUCAAACCUACCUGCGGAUAUUUGGCACCACCAUGUUUGGCGUGUCUCUCCUGGUAGGCAUCUCCACAGCCUACAUCAUGGGCUACCAGUUUUUCACCACAGCCGGCAAUCACCUAUCCUUUGGCCUGUAUGGCGCCAUCUUGGUUGUCCACCUCGUCAUCCAGAGCCUCUUUGCGCUCCUAGAACACAGGAACAUGAGGCGCUCCCUAGAGACGCCGAUCAAACUGAACAAGUCCCUGGCGCUGUGCAUCGCAGCAUACCAAGAAGACCCGAACUACCUGAGGAAAUGCCUGGUGUCGGUGAGGAGGCUGACGUACCCGGGGAUCAAAGUGAUCAUGGUGAUUGACGGGAACUCAGAUGAUGACUUUUACAUGAUGGAGAUUUUCAAAGAGGUGAUGGGAUGGGACAAAUCGUGCACCUACGUGUGGCGUAGUAACUAUCAUCACAGGGGCCCCGAGGAGACGGAUGAGAGCUACGCUGAGAGCCUUCAGCAAAUCUCCAGGCUGGUGCUGAACAACAAGUGUGUGUGCAUCAUGCAGAAGUGGGGAGGGAAGAGAGAAGUCAUGUACACAGCCUUCAAAGCACUUGGGAGGAGCAUUGACUAUGUGCAGGUGUGUGACUCUGACACCAUGCUUGACCCAGCAUCAUCGAUUGAGAUGGUGAAGGUGCUUGAAGAAGACCCGAUGGUUGGAGGGGUUGGAGGAGAUGUACAGAUCCUGAACAAAUAUGAGUCCUGGAUCUCCUUCUUGAGCAGUGUACGGUACUGGAUGGCCUUCAACAUUGAACGGGCUUGCCAGUCCUACUUCGGCUGUGUGCAGUGCAUCAGCGGGCCUUUAGGAAUGUACCGGAACUCACUCCUGCAUGAGUUCGUCGAGGACUGGUACAACCAGACAUUCAUGGGAUCCCACUGCAGUUUUGGGGAUGACCGUCAUCUCACAAACCGAGUUCUCAGCCUUGGGUAUGCCACCAAAUACACAGCACGAUCAAAGUGCCUCACAGAAACUCCGGUUACGUACUUGCGAUGGCUCAACCAACAGACUCGAUGGAGUAAGUCAUACUUCAGAGAAUGGCUAUAUAACUCCAUGUGGUUCCACAAGCAUCAUCUAUGGAUGACUUAUGAGGCUGUGAUCACAGGCUUCUUCCCAUUCUUUCUCAUUGCCACUGCGAUCCAACUCUUUUAUCAAGGAAGGCUGUGGAAUAUUUUGUUAUUUCUGCUCAUUGUGCAGGCAGUGGCAUUGAUCAAGUCAGCAUUCGCUAGUUGCCUCAGAGGAAACAUUGUCAUGGUAUUCAUGUCGUUCUAUUCUGUACUGUACAUGUCAAGCCUGUUGCCAGCCAAAAUGUUUGCAAUAGCAACAAUCAACAAGUCUGGCUGGGGGACCUCUGGGAGGAAAACUGUAGUAACGAACUUCAUUGGUCUGAUUCCAAUAUCAGUUUGGUUCACUAUCCUCUUCAUUGGGAUUAUCUACACAUUAAUCGUGCAGGCUAAAAAACCUUUUCCUGAAUCAGAAAAAAUAAUUCUGGUCAUAGGGGCAGUUGUUUAUGCCAGUUACUGGGUCAUGCUGUUGACAUUGUAUACAGUGCUCAUAAAUAAGUGUGGGAAGAGGAAAAAGGAAACACACUACGAUAUGGUGCUGGACGUCUGAUUUUCGGUCAUUGUUUACCACUGAACUCUCUUUCUGGGUUGUUUCUCUGUCACAGUGUUAUUGGCAUGCAAAUGUUCUGCAGAUGCAGAGCAGCUCUGGAGGCAAAAUUGUUUGAAAGAACCAGAAUUUAUUGAAACUUGAAUGGCACGAACAUAAAUGGCUGCUCUACUUGAUCUGGCAUUCAUGUUUGUAGAACAUCCGUCUGCUAGCUAAUUAGUUCACUAGAGUGGCUCUCAGCAGAGCAUCUACCAUUUCGAACAUUCAAAAAUAUACUGAUGAUUUUUUUUAAUGAUCAAGAAGCAAACAUAAUUUUUGUCAAUUUUCCAAAAUUGUCUAAAAUUAUCAAUAGUGCAAUGUUUAAGCAAAGUAAUUGGGGGAAAAAACUAACAGGAACAAACUAACUGACACAGAUGAAAACAUUAGUGGAGGUAAUACAUUUCACCAAAAUAUGUUUGGUUGAAUAUCAGCUAGCAUGGGCUAAUGAGCUAACCAGAAAAACUGUAACAAGAGAGCCAGGCUUUGUAACAUUAGCUACCUCUUGUCAUUUUCACUGGGCUUUAGUCUGACAUUACCAACUUAACUCAAGAAAUGUUUAAUUUUCUCACACAUUUUUGACUCAACUAUUGAACCCAGUGGGUAUUAACUUGACCUGUAAGAAUAUUUUACCUCCAGAGCAUCACUGGUACCUCUAAGGAUUGUUUUUACAACCUAACCAGAAACCAAAACCGCAAGUAUAUUUCAAAACAUUGAGGAUUACAUUCCUAACUGUAAUGGCCACGUGUAACAUAUUGUAAACAAAGGAGAUCGGCCAUUUUACCAUUUCAUUAAAAAAAAUCCACAAAAAGUUAAACUACAUGUGUUAAGCGUUUUAUUGUCCUGUUGUUACUUCUGGGACAUUUGCAUUGGUAUAUGUUUCCAGUGGAUUUUUUAUUGAACAGCUACAGUAUAAAUUGGCAAAGACUGAAAAUGUGCAGAAAAGUCUUCAAAAUGCAGAGCUGCUCUCUUUCCUUUUGUUGCACUAAUGGCAUAUGGUUAAGACGCAAACUUUGUAGUAGUUAUCACAUUGUGUGCAUAUAGUUAAAAUGCAUCCAUUUCAACACAAUCAUUUAGAUACAUGAAUAAUUGCAACUGCCAAAUUUCCAGCCCAGUUUCAGGUUGUGUUUGUGAGUAACGUUUUAAAAUUAAUUUAAUUGCAUCACUUCCUUUGGUUUAUGUUUUUUGAAUGUGAAAGGUGAAAAGUCCAUAAAAUCUCCCAUUCGUGGUAACAAAUGGCAACAAAUCUAUAACGUUUGAAAGUGUGGAUAUUUCUAUGUCUUGUCUUUGAACAAUUAUCUUUUAUAUCCAUAUGACGUGAAUGCAGAUUUUUUUUUCUUGUCAGCGUUUACAAAGUGAAGAUUCUCAAACUGAUCACUGAUUGUUAGAUGUGAUCUCCACCAGAUCAGGUUAACAGGCAAACAUGUGACCAGAAGAGAGACAGUGUAUUAAAAUUGCUGCUGUGACUGUUCAUUCUCAUUUAUAAAAUAUGAAUGAUGGAUGUAUUUUGGCAAAGCAGUCUUUAUUGUUCUUUCUACCAAGCUGAAUGAGAAACACCAAGUUGACAUGGUGGACAUGUUCCAAUCCAAAGAUAUCGUGAUUUAUUUACCCUUCCACAUGCCCUUGUCUCUUCCUAUCUUCACAUACUCUAUUGCCUGUUUCUUUGCAUUUUUUAUAACUUGCAGGAUAAGAAGUAAAUGUGAGAAAAAUGUACCUAUUGUUGUGAAAGUACUACCUGAUAAUAGGAAUGUGAAUAGGGGCACUCGAUGGAUGGAUGGAACCAUCAUUUUGGAAUGAAACAAGUCCAGUGUUUGCUAAAGAGCAGGAGCAGACAUGAGUUUAAUUCUUAUGCACUUUUAUGUCUCUCCUGUCAUCCAGUGUGAUGCUUGACGUAAUCAAGAUGAAAUACCUCAGUAGUUCUCUUUGCAUUGCAUCAAGGUGUCAAGAUGCUGUCUAAAGACUGAUGCAUUCUGAAGGUGUCAAGUAAUUUAUGAUCUGUUUGUGGUAUUAAAUAUAAAGGUGUCCUUUUUUUAUAUUCGUUUUCCUAAUGAAGUCAAAGCUGGAUCUCUAUGCCUUGUCGGCCCUUCGCUGUAGCCGUUGACUCAUUGUUAACUUGUAUUUCAAUGCAUUUUUAUAUAUAUAGACAUUUUUAUUCUAUUUUUGCUUAGCUGCCAAAGAUUCUUUAUUUUCAAUUAUGUUUUUUAUAAGAAAUGUGGAAAAAUUGAAUUGUGGUUUCUUUCAACUGUUCUGACAAUGACUUGUGUAUCUGACCAAACAAUGUGAAAUUAUGAGCUGGGGGUUUUGUCUGCAAUAACAACAGUAAAAAUGCAAUUUGUAGGGAUAAGUUAUUGAUAUAUGUUGAACCUGUGUUUUUUUUCUUUUUUUACUUUGUACUUAGAUAAACAACCAGCAUAUUUAUGUAAUAACUUUCUGUGGUUUACAGGAUUCUGUACUUGUAAGAUGCCCUCUGGUAUUCAUAUAAAAACCCAAAGGCUCCAUAUGUUUACACUGCAAAAAAACAACAGAAAAUACAUGAUUUUUAAUAUAUACAGCAUGAAAAAACUUUUUUUACAACUGCUAGAAUUUUUGCAGUGUUGAAACCAUAUGUGUAUCCGGUGUUAGGUUUUUGAUACAAUAAACAAUAAAGCCAAAGCAGACUAAAAACGUUCAUCCAAAAACAUUUGCACAAAAACUACAAACUAUGUAUGUUUUAAAGUUUAGAAGUGCCUUACUAAGCAAAAAAAAAAAUUCAAAUGUAUUUAUACAUUCUGUUUCAAGGUUUUAAUGAACGAGAUCAACAGAUGAACCACGAGGUCGUCUUCAAGCCAAACUCGUCAUGGGCAGUAUCAGUAUCCUAAAGCACUUUUGUGUUGUGCCAAAUAAAGUAAAUUGUUUUAA